UGUCGCCCGAAUCCAGGAACAAGGUUAUGUUUACAAUUUCUGUAAACAACCAAUUGCUAACCCGCGAGACUUGCCAACGAACUAAACAAUCAAAUAAAUAACAAGAGCAGGAGAUGCCGACGUGGAAUCAAAUUCAGGCCCAACUUCGAAACCCGAAUAACCCGGUGGUGUUUUUCGAUGUUUCCGUGGGAAAUACCGAAAUUGGUCGAAUGAUAUUCGAACUUUUCGAAGAUGUCUGCCCCAAGACUUCAGAGAACUUCAGACAAUUUUGCACCGGAGAGUACCGAAAGGAUGGAGUGCCAUUGGGUUUCAAAGGGGCUAUCUUUCACCGGGUCAUCAAGGAUUUUAUGAUUCAAGGUGGUGACUUUGUCAAUGGAGAUGGCACUGGAGUACUCAGCAUAUACGGCGGGAGUACAUUUCCUGAUGAAAAUUUUACCCUAAAACAUGACUCACCGGGACUGCUGUCCAUGGCCAACAGUGGAAAAGACACAAAUGGAUGUCAAUUCUUUAUUACUUGUGCUAAAUGCAAUUUUUUGGACGGCAAACAUGUUGUGUUUGGGCGUGUUAUCGAUGGACUCUUGGUCAUGAGAAAGGUAGAAAAUGUGCCGACUGGGCCAAAUAAUAAACCCAAAAUUCCAGUUACCAUCUCGCAAUGUGGGCAAAUGUAAAAACAAAUCUUGUACACAAUAUCAAA